GUGAUACACAAGUUUUUUUUCUACAAUAGAUUCUACAUCACUGACAGGCACAAAAGAUAGACGGAUAAAAGUUUUUUAAAGUUGAAAAACUCAUGUGUUGUCUGUCUCCAAACAGUUCCUCUGAUGUAUAUCCGCUCACGGUGAACAAUCCUGGUUUCUGUGACUGUUUGCUGCUGCUCGGUGUAAACUCAAACUACCGCGUGGCACUCAGCUCCAGGUUGGCUCGAGGAGGAGCCUCAGAUCACAUUUCCACAGAGGAGCGAGCCCGGGCCCGCUGGUGAGCCUCCCACCGCUGCGCCGCCUGCGCGCAGCUGCUGCUCUCCAAGCUGCGCAGUGGCGCGCAUCCAGCGGCGGCAGCAGGUCCACAUGUUGUGCAGAUCUGAGGAGGAGCUGCGGGACGUCCGAGUCAAACCUCCUACCGUCGGAGCAUCCUUCAGCUGCAGGAAAAAAAGGAGAAGCUAAACAAGCAAAAGUUUCCUCUGAGUCGAGAAAAGAGGAGUCGACAUGGAUGGAAAGCGGCUGUUCGUGUGAGCGACGAGGACAGCGAGGGCGAGCCGGCGGACACGGAGGGAGAAUGAUCACUUAGCCGUCAGUCUGCCGGUAGUUGUAGGAAAAGAUCAACUGUGGGAAAGUUUGGAGGAGCUGCUAUGGCGCGGCGGCGCAGCGAAGACACCGGGACGGGCAAGGCUCCGAGGAGCAGGAGGCAGAGGAAGAAGAAGAGCAAAGAGAACAAGACCAGGACGGUGCACGCAAACCUCCUGUACGACAACGCCAACAAAGGAGAGGAAAACCCCAACAGACACUACGCCAACAACAAGAUUAAGACCACCAAGUACACCGUGCUGUCAUUCCUGCCCAAGAACCUUUUCGAGCAGUUCCACAGGUUCGCCAAUGUUUACUUUGUCUUCAUCGCUUUGCUGAACUUCGUCCCGGUUGUCAACGCGUUUCAGCCCGAGCUGGCUCUGGCCCCGGUGGUCUUCAUCCUGUCCGUCACCGCCAUCAAGGACCUGUGGGAGGACUACCGGAGACACCGCUCCGACACCGAGAUCAACCACAUGGACUGUCUGGUGUUCAGCAGAGCUGAGCGACGCUAUGUGGAGAAGUACUGGAAGGAGGUGCGGGUUGGAGACUUCAUCAGGCUGCGGUGCAACGAGAUCCUCCCCGCUGACGUCCUGUUGCUGAGCUCCAGCGACCCCGACCGGCUGUGCCACAUCGAGACGGCCACGCUGGACGGAGAGACCAACCUCAAGCAGAGGCAGGUCGUUCGCAGCUUCUUCGACCUGGACUGCGAGUUCGACCCCUUAAAGUACAACAGCAUAAUUGAAUGUGAGAAGCCCAACAACGACCUGAACAGAUUCAGAGGCUACAUAAUCCAUCGAAGCGGCAGAAGAGAUGCACUUUACAAAGAAAACCUGCUGCUGCGAGGCUGCACCAUCCGCAACACAGAGGAGGCUGUGGGAAUAGUCAUUUACGCAGGUCAUGAGACCAAAGCCAUGCUGAACAACAACGGCCCGCGUUACAAGCGCAGCAAACUGGAGAGACAGAUGAAUGUAGAUGUGUUCUGGUGUGUCAUCAUCCUGCUGGUCUUGUGCCUCUUUGCUGCUGUUGGUCACGGGCUGUGGAUGUUUCAGUAUGGAGAUAAGAGGCCUGUGUUUGACGUUCUUAGUCCAGAGGGGACGGACUUAUCGCCCAUCAUGUCAGCCAUUUAUCUCUUCCUCACUAUGAUCAUCGUCUUUCAGGUGCUGAUACCCAUCUCCCUUUUUGUGUCAAUUGAGAUCGUCAAGAUCUGCCAAGUGUACUUCAUCCACCAGGACAUGGAUCUGUAUGACGAGGAGACAGACUCUCACCUGCAGUGCAGAGCACUUAAUAUCACUGAGGAUCUGGGCCAGAUGCAAUACAUCUUCUCUGACAAGACAGGCACGCUGACGGAGAACAAGAUGGUAUUUCGACGCUGCACUGUGGCCGGGGUGGAGUACUCCCAUGAUGCCAAUGCGAAAAGACUUGCCAUGUACCAGGAAAUGGAUUCUGAGGAAGAGGAGUGUACGUCUCACGGUGGCACCCUGCCCAGGCGGGACAGUGUGACCAGCCACCAGAGUGCCCGUGUGGUGCUGCGCUCCCAGAGUACAAAGUCCCACCGCAGGACGGGCAGCAGGGCGGAGGCCAAGCGAGCCAGCAUCCUGUCCAAACACACGGCCUUCAGCAGCCCCAUGGAGAAAGAUAUCACCCCUGACCCUCAGCUUCUAGACAAAGUCAAUGAAUGCAGCAGUCAGAUGGACUUCAUGCGCUUCCACAGCCAGCCCAUGUCCCAGCUGCCCUCUGACCUCUCCGACACCAUCGAUUUCUUCAUCGCUCUCACCAUCUGCAACACGGUGGUGGUGUCUUCCCCCAACCAGCCCAGGCACAAGGUCCGGAUGAGAUUUGAGCUGAAGUCCCCAGUUAAGACCAUCGAGGACUUCAUCAAACGCUUCACUCCGAGCCGGCUGACCUCCGGCUCCAACAGCAGCAGCUCCUCCAGCCUCAUCACCAACCGCUCGUCCAACAAGGGAUGCUCCAGCCUGCUGUCCUCCCCCUCGGCAGAGAGCACGCUCACCAAGCUGCACGAGGAGCGUUCCUCUGGAGGUUUGGAGACUGCCUUCAGCCCCGUCCCACCCAGCUACGACGGAAAGGCCUCCUGGAACCUUGAGGAAGGAGAGCUGCGCUAUGAGGCGGAGUCACCAGACGAGGCUGCGCUGGUGUAUGCCGCCCGGGCCUACAAGUGCUCCCUUGUGGGACGCCUCCCCGACCAGGUGACCGUGGAGCUGCCUCACCUGGGGAAGCUGAGCUUUGAGCUGCUGCACACUCUGGGCUUCGACUCCACCAGGAAACGCAUGUCUGUGGUGGUUCGACACCCUCUGACGGAUCAGAUAACCGUCUACACUAAAGGAGCCGACUCAGUCAUCAUGGACCUCAUCAAACCCCCCGACACAGGGAACUCCAAAGGGAAACGCCAGAAGAAGAUCGUCUGCAGGACUCAGAACUACCUGAACCUAUACGCAGCAGAUGGCCUUCGCACACUGUGCAUUGCAAAAAAGAUUCUGAGCCAGGAGGAGUACGCCUGCUGGCUGCAGCGUCACUUGGAGGCUGAGACGGCCAUUCAGGGAAGAGAAGAGCUGCUGUUUGAGUCGGCCCUGCGACUGGAGACAAACCUCCAGCUCCUGGGAGCAACAGGCAUUGAGGAUCGGCUGCAGGAUGGUGUUCCCGAAACUAUAGCUUCUCUGCGGAAGGCCGGCCUGCAGAUUUGGGUGCUGACAGGUGACAAACAGGAAACAGCCGUCAACAUUGCGUAUGCCUGCAAGCUGCUGGACCCCGAGGAGGAGAUCCUGACGCUAAAUGCUGACUCUCAGGAGGCAUGUGCGCUGCUGCUGGAGGAGAGUUUACACUACAUCCAGGCCAAAUUCCUCUGCAGCUCCGCAGACCAAACCGCCAAGGCCUUCCACACCAGCUUCUCGCCCUUUGACCUCUAUCCCUCUUCGUCUCUGUCCUCCUCAUCCUCCCACUCCGCUCCCUUCCUGGUGCACCGGCUGGGCUUGGUGAUUGACGGACGGACCUUGGCCUAUGCGCUGGAUAAGAGUUUGGAGGAUAAGUUCCUGGCCGUUGCACGGAGCUGCCGUUCGGUUCUCUGCUGCCGAUCGACGCCGCUGCAGAAGAGCAUGGUGGUCAAACUGGUGCGGAACAAGCUAAAGGUCAUGACUCUGGCUAUAGGUGAUGGGGCCAACGACGUCAGCAUGAUCCAGGUGGCGGACGUCGGCGUGGGGAUCUCGGGACAGGAGGGCAUGCAGGCAGUGAUGGCGAGCGACUUUGCUCUCCCACGUUUCCGGUAUCUCCAGAAGCUCCUGCUGGUCCACGGGCACUGGUGCUACUCCCGACUGGCCAACAUGAUUCUCUAUUUCUUCUACAAGAAUGCUAUGUUUGUGGCGCUCAUCUUCUGGUUCCAGUUCUACUGUGGAUUCUCAGGUUCAGCAAUGAUUGACCAGUGGUAUCUCAUCUUCUUCAACCUGAUGUUCUCCGCCUUCCCGCAACUCAUCACUGGCACUCUGGACAAAGACGUGUCAGCAGAGACUCUGCAACAACUACCUCAGCUCUACGUGAACGGCCAGAACUCCGAGGAAUAUAAGCCAUAUAUGUUCUGGAUGAACAUGAUUGAUGCCUUCUACCAAAGUCUGGUCUGCUUCUUCAUCCCAUACUUUGCCUAUGCUGACUCUGACGUGGAUCUGUUUACAUGGGGAACUCCCAUCACCACCCUCGCUUUAUUCACCAUUCUGCUGCAUUUGGGCAUCGAGACCAAAACCUGGACCUGGAUGAACUGGCUGUCGAUCGCCUUCAGUAUAGCCUUAUUCUUCACCGUGGCUCUGUGCUACAAUGCCUCUUGUCCCACCUGCUACUCGCCCUCCAACCCCUACUGGACCAUGCAGAGGCUGCUGCAGGACCCCCUCUUCUACCUGCUCUGCGUCAUCACGCCUGUCGCCGCUCUGCUGCCCCGAUAUUUCUACAGGGCGUGUCAAGGCACACUAUUUCCGAGCCCAGUCCAAGUUGGAAGACAGUUGGAUAAACUCCCUGCUGACACCCGCAGGAACAUCCUCAGUCUGAGCAGGGUCAAGGUGGGGUCAUCGCUCAGCCCCAAGCCUCCCUUCCUGUCCCUCAGCAAGGCUUUACCUAAAGGAUGCAGUAAAAACGACCAGAGGAGCAUCACCGGCUCCAAGACAUUAGAGGCCACACAGGGGCAAACAGAUGAAGAGAAGGGCCGGAGCUGCCUGUCAGGGCCCACAGACAGUGAGAUUCACCUCUCAGAUCUCUACACAUUAGUUCCUUCAGAAAUAGACACUCUUCCCUACACCAAAGACGCUCCUCCGCCCUCGGGCGAGCUACAGCCUCCUUCCACCAAAGACUCAGAGUGUCUCGAUAAGACUUUAGAGCCGUCAGAUGUGAGCCUGUCCAGCUGGAUCACUUCCACGCCUCUGCUCAUGCCGGCAGACAGCGUCCAGCUGAACCUGCCGCCAGACGGAGCCUCACAGUGCGUUAAAUACACGAGAAACUCGGAGGAAAGACUCAAGCCUGACCACACGGUUCAUCCAGCACACAGGACAGAGCAGGUGGCGGAGCAGUUGCUGCACACCAAAUUGUGAUGUCUUACAGUCUUAAGUAUGUUGCUCAAACUCCAAUUUGCACGAUAGUUUUUUAAAUUUUAUUGUAUUUUUCAAGGAGAUUCUUUUAUAAAAGAUACAAAGAGGUACUUUAUAUUUUGGAUGUAAAGCUAAAGUAAUGAUUCUUUAGAGGUUUGGGAGAUGGAAGAACUGGAAUAUCUCCCUUUUUUUUUCUAAAUGAAUACUGGGAAAUUUUGAUUUCACAAAGAAGCAUCUCAGUACUUGAUCAGGUUUUAGUGUAAGAAAGAGCAGACUAGAGACAUUCCACUGCCGGGUUAUUUGGGAGUAUGUUUUCUCUCUGAUAUGGUACCCUGUUCGUUCUUUCAGCGAGUCCUGUAAACGCAGUAAGACCUGGAUCAGAUGCCACUGUGGCCUUCAAUCUCUGCUGGUAUUAGUCCUGAGGAGAGAAGUUCAAUAUGUUUUAAGUCCCCAGAGAAACAUGUUUGAGUUUCUGGGAGGAAUUUCAUGCAGAUUAUUCCAGAGUUUCGUAUUUACAUACCGCAAAUAGUGGCAUUUGCUCAGUGCACGUUUUAGUCUUGUUGCUGGACAGUUUUUGCUAAAUUUUAAAGAAUAAGAAGUGUGUUUAUAGCCAUUCUGUUGCACAGUACAUUCCGCUGAAAAACUGAUAGAGCUGUUGACUUUGAAUAUAAUUAUGCAUUAUGAGAGUUCACCAAGAUUUUUUUUUUCAUUUCAGUCUUUGUACACCAAGAAUCUACCAGGAAUUACGCUCUGUUUGAGUAUGUGUUUGUGUAUCCAUGUCUUUAUGUUUUUGUGGAUCAAAAUCUUAGUUUAAUAUGUUUUACAUUCUAGAUUUGGUUUCAAGAUUAAGGUUAGAUUAAGGGUUAGGGAAUGCAUUAUCUCAGUGUAUGUCCUCACAAAGAUAGGAAGGCACCUGUGAACAUGUGUGUGUGUUUAUUCAUUGGAUCAUUGUUUCUCUCUAAACAGUGCAUGCCAGUUUAAAUAAGCGAAUCUGCGUUUUUGGCAUCGAUGACCUUUCUAGCCAAUACGACAGGGUCAAUACAGUUCAUAUGCUGCUCAGUUAAAUAUGAAGGUAAAGCCAGAGGCAGACUGGAAAGAGUGGACCAAGGUGGUGUUCAAAUAUGAAAGAAAAAAAUCCCCCUUCUGGCUAUGUUAAAUCUCAUUUUUCAAUCUGUGCAAAAAUUUGUCCUACGGUUUGCCAGGUAUUAGACAGAAUCUCAAAAUACACCUGGCAAAAAGUAGUGCAAUUUAUAACUCCUGUAAAACCACAACAUGUUGUUCUUGCACUUACACUUUUUUGUAUAGCCUAAAGAAGUGCAACAUGAAUGAAAUAGGUCAAUGAAUUUUGUUACCUUUAGACAGAGCUAGCCAAGGUACUCCUCCCCUACUAAGCCUAAUGCUAAGCUAAGCUAAGCUAAUCACUGUAUGUCUCCAGCUUCAUAUAAACAGACAGUGGCAGUGAUAGAAUUUAGUUGGGCUAGAUAGCUUAGCUCAGCUUAAAGAUGGGAGAUGGAGGAAAAGAGUUAGCUUGGCUGCCAGCUCGCUCUUUUACAAGCUAUUGAAAGCCACAUAGCAGCACCUCUAAAAGCUCACUAAGUAGCAUUUCAUAUCCUGUUUCCUGGUGGAGUCUAUUUGUCAUUGAGAAUCCAACACUUGUAAAACCCACAAAAUGUUUUUGGUUUUUUUGUUUUUUGUUUUCUUUUAAUGCACAUCAGUUUUUCUACACAUUAAAAAAAACAUGAUAUAGCAUGCUAACUAAUGAGCAUAAGAGGUGCAACAGGCAGACUUUGCUACCUUUGGACAAAGUCAGUCUAGUGUUUAUGCUCAGCUCAGCUUACUGUCAUCUGGCUUUAGCUCAUAUCUAACAUAAAAAACUUGUGAGUAGUAUUGUUGAAGCUGUAGCCAGCAGAGAGUUAGCUUAGCUUAGCAUAAAGACUGGAAUGAGAGGGAAAGAUUUAGCUUGGCUACCAGCUAACUCUGUUGAGAGCUAACAAAGGCCACACUGCAGCACACUAAAAAGUUUACUAAAUAACAUUUUGUGUCUUGUAUGUUUCAUAACUGGAGUUUUGUUUUCAGUUGUUCACAGGCAACCAAGCCACCAAGAGGUAGUGCAGUUUAUAGCCUCUGUAAAACCCCAAGCUGUUUUUCUACUCAUUAAACAAACAACUUAUAACAUGUUUGCUCGUAAGUUUUAGAGGGGCUGGCAGGCCGAUUUUGUUACUUUAGGACCAAGCCCAGCUAGCUUACUGUCUUGCUGCGAAGCUAAGCUCACUGUUGUCUGGCUUUAGCUUAAUUAACAUACAAAUGUUGCAAUGCUAUUAACCAUUGAAGCUAGAGCCAGUGAACAGCUAGCCUAGCAUAAAGACCAGGGGAAAAAGAAAGAACUUUCCUGGCUACCAGCUAGAUCUGAUCAAUGGUAACAAAAUCUGCCUACUCUCACAAGAAUUGUAGGAUUCUGUCAAAUGGUUGUGGUUACCUUUUUGCCAAUAUUGCCACAAAUAUGCAUGAGGUUAUUUUAUAUAUAAACUAGGUUUGUGGCAAACUUGAAGCAGACUUGUGGCUAAAAGCCCAACAGUCACUUUGUCCUUCAGAAGGCUACUAAUGACAUAUUUGUCACCAGGAGGUUACUAGAAGUUUAGCACUAAUGGUAAACUGUGGUCGGAAACCACUGAUUAACAUGUUUACCUGAGACGGGAAAAAUCACAUUCAUGCCAGAUGUUGCUGAAAGUUUGUGACUAGCGGACAAUUCUGGAAAAGCAAUUUAGUUCAACCACAAAUUUGCUGAAAAUCUGCCUCAGACAUUUUCCAUUUGUAACAGUAGCAACACAUGUAAAAGCUCACUAAUUAUCAUUUUAUAUUAUGCAAAACUGCUUGUCAUUGUGGUUGCCAGGCUGUGAAGUUAAUCAAGCCGUCACCUAGAUUUAGCUUCAUAAAACAUGACAGUGAAGUCAGUCUUCUUAUCGAAAUAGUCCUUGAAGCUACCAUCACAUUUCAUGAACAAGUGUACUUGAAGGUCCUUUUUUACGCAAUUUAUUUCAUGUGUUCAGCUGUAAACCAAAUCCUCUUUGCUGAAAGGUGCUGAAAGGUUAAUUCCAAAUGCAAAAGAUGCGGCAUUAAAAUUUUAUUUUGCACUUUGAAAGCAGUAUGUCAGAGUUGCCGUUGAGUAUUGUUGGUGUCAAUGAUGUGUGCAGUGCUCAGAUACAGCAUACAAAGAAUGGGAGAUUUCAUUUCAUUCUUACCUUUGCGAACAACGUGAUGUGUUCGCCAUCAUGCACAAAGAAAGUAUGGAAAAUUGGAAAGAUGCUACAGUUUAUUGUUCAGCAUUUAAAGCAGCAGCACCUUUGAUAUGUUAUGAUUGUUAUAUCUCUUUUUUUCAUUGCAGUAUGUUUUUGUACAAAGUAAAACAUUUACCAAAGGUCAUUUAUGUUUCUGUAUUUUCUAAGCAAUAGUUAUGUGCCUUAACACUGGAUAAGAAAUUACAAAUCUGCUCAUGAUGCUGUAUUUGUUUGAAGAUGACAGAGCAUCUUUGUGUUUGUGGAGAUGUUUAUGAGACUACAUGCUAUGUGGUUUCUGUCCUCCUGCCUUUUUUGUUUUUAUUUUUUAUUUCUUCUUUUUUUUUUUUUUUUUGCCCACGCUGUCUUUCUGGCAUGUCGUUCAGAUUCUGACUCUACAGUCUGUUCAAUUUGUUUUAUAGGUUCUGUCCAUUCUGUGCUUUUGGCGUCGAACUUUGUGUGCCAGACUGAAGCUCAAGCGUAUUCGCUGCUGCAUUCCAACAUACCCACUUUCACAUAUUCCUCACAGGAACAUUCAUUCGUUCAUUUCUCUUCACACAUCCUUGAACAUAUCUGAGCUCAUUUUGUUGGCUCUUCAUUUCUAUUUUGGUUACAAGGUAGGCCUACCAUGUCACAUUUUAUACAUUACAGUUGUAAUACUCUAAGGGGCAAUUUACCUGCUCUUAAUCCUUGAUUUCAUGGUCUUCAUUUAGAUAUAAAAUAGUAAGGAGAUGGGUGUAGUAAGUGAGAAACACUGAAAUGCUCCAUGUGGGAAAGACUGUUUUAAUUUUUGUUCAGAAUUUCCUAUUUUAUAUCAGUUCUUUGUCCUUUUGAAUAAUUGGAAUCUUCCUGUACAUGGCUACUUGUGAACAAAAUAAAAUUGAUAAUAAAGUAUUUAUCCUUUACUA